AUGUGGAAGCUAUUUGAGCACUACCAGCAGAUAAGUCACUGCUCUUUGGAGUUAGUCGAAAAACGUGACUCUUACAAUCCAAAGAGCAGUGAGUUAUCUGAUGUUAAAGCUACUCAAGUUGUUCCAACAUCCUCUUCUGAUGGCACUUUUAAUAUCGUUAAGUCGAAAAAAGCACAACUCAAUCCCGGGUCCAUAAAACGAAAUAUCAAAGCAACAGUGCUCACAUUCCGCGCCAUUGUUGAUCGACCGUACGUGGCUCGUGUUCAAUUGUUACUCUGUAACAUUUCUGAUCGUGCUCUUCAUUUUAAACUGAAGAGCAACGUGGGCAGCAACGUUUCUGCUUUACCUGCUGGUAGUGCUCAAAUAGCUUCCACAUGCACAAGUCCGACUAGUUCUCACUUGGACAAGACCUCCACAGUACGAACAUUGGCGAGAUGUACCGCCACCGAAACUGCUUAUAGUUACGAAAUUUUUGGAUUCAUCGCAGACUUCUAUUCGGCUUGCACGCAUAAGCUCUACGAAAACAUGCUAGAGUUUAUUGAGUUUGCUGGCCAUGAAACCAAUACGGAUGUAACGCAUUUCCGUGGUGAUCACCAAGUUAUGGGUGGAUACGCCCACUUUUAUGUCAAUUUUUUUCUAGCUGUGAGGGACCUUUGCAGUGUACAUCACAGUGCGACAGGAGCUGAAUACAUAAAUGAAAGUGAUGUUGUAUUUCUCUUCGAAGAAUUUGAGUCUGAACUCUUCCGCAACUUCAUCUCUUCAUAUCCUCAUUUACUGGUUUUUGGUCUAACAUUAUUAAAGAGCCGUGUUUUACGUAAUUUGCCGCUACCGCGUCCGAAACCAAAUCGCCCUCUUUAUUGCGAUAUGCUUCGCAACUUUAACGUUGUUAUAGGUUAUGGAGAUGAAAAUGAAAGAAGGAACUGGAUUAAGAUGAUCCGUUACAUGGGUGGACACAUUAGAAAGGAGCCUGAUCCAUAUAACACUUUCUUGGUCACCACGCAAGCGAGAGGAAGAGCAUUCAGGAUGCUCGUUUCACUUGGACAAAAAGUCCUUCUUCCUUCCUGGGUUGAUGACUGCUGGAGCAAUCGAAAUGACUUCAGUUUCGAUCCCACAAGUGAUAGUUUGCUGGUCAAACAUCGCAUCGGUGUAUUUGAGUCGCUUCAAGUUUAUGUGGUCGGAUUCGAGGAUGAUGAUGCGGAAGACAUAAAAAACAAUAUCUUGAGUUUCAAAGGAGCAGUUACCAAUGACCUAUCGAGCGCUACUCACUUGGUUGUUAAUUUUGCGAAUGAAUGCAAAUUCCUUGAUAGUUUAUCCAUUGCAAGUAAUCAACGUGUUGUCACAGCCGAGUGGGUCUGGACUAGUAUCAGCAUACAGUAUUGCGCUAAUGAAGAUGCUUAUGCACCUUUUGUCAGAAGAAUCCGAUCACCGGUUGCUACUACUGGUGGUACCAAUGUUGUUGAUGAAACGAGUGGUCAUAAUUUGUUGCCGAAAUGCACUCAGUCUUCUGUCGAAGCACAAAAUAAGGACACUUCCAUGACGAUCACGAAGGCACACUAUGUUUGCACUGAGAUGCUCGAGACAGAAUUCUCUUAUUUGAAAGCGCUCAAACUGCUGGAAAGUGUAAAAAAAGAACUGGAAAGCGCAAUAGAACGAGGCGAUACAGUGAUGGAAAAAGCUGACGUUCUUCUAGUUUUCGGAAAGAUUUCUCCAAUUCUGCAAGUUCAUGAGAAGAUAGUUGUCAGCCUCAAACAGUUAUUAGACAAAUGGGACGAAAAAACUGUAGCAGUAAAAGUAUCACAGGUCUGGAUAGAUGCCUUCGAGGAAAUGGAUCGUGUAUAUGCACCAUAUUCGAACAGUUACGAUACUGCCAGAAACGCACUAAGCGCGGCUGACAAGUCAAAUCUUCGCAUCCAUGCAUUUAUCAAAGCAAAAGAGUGCUCUGUGGAAUUUCAACGAAAUCGAUUUCAAGACUUACUGAUUAGACCAGUGCAACGACUACCCACAGUUGUAAUUCUGCUCAAAGAGCUACAGAAGCGAACCACAAACUUUUUUGAAAAAGUGGAUGAAGCGAUUGCUCUGGUAGAAAAAAUAAUAAGUCGUGCUAACAGCAUUCGAGCACAAAAUGAUGAGUUCAUCGAACAGAUGAGCUUCUUCAACAAUGUUGAAGGCGUCCCGCCACAUUUGGUUUGCGCACGAAGAAAACUGAUAAAGGCCGUCGAAGGAUACUCGAUUGGAGGGACUUUCGAAUGGAGCAGCUUGAAUCGCCGAAAAGUUAAAAUUAUUCUAUACAAUGAUCUCAUAAUGGUGUGCAAAGUCCGCAGUGUUACGGAAGGAGCAGGGACAAUGACAAAGUUUACUCGCCACGCAUCAUUUACAAACCUCACAGAACCGAAAAAACAGUACAAAUAUUUCCACCAUUUGCUCAUUCCUAAUGUGAGGGAGAUUAACCGUCUCAAAUUGUUCCGCUAUGAAGGUUCCGUGGAUGAUAGGCUCGAACCCACAGACGUACUUCCCAUUUUUGGAUGGACAAUAAGGGACAUCUCCAGCGAUGCGAACUGGUACGUGGAAGCCGCUGACAAAGAUGUAAUGGUUGAUUUUGUUCAAGAAGUUCACAAAAAGAUUUUCAUGGACUUUGGCCGAGACAUCCAUUGGCCAGGCUUUACCAUUACUGACAUAACUUCUCAUAAUCUACGUGAGAUAUUGAAGAAGCAUAUAAGAAGGGUCUUAUCAAAAGAGCAGGAGACUUCUGAGAAAACGAGAAUAAUUUCGGAAGAAUCCCCAGUAUCUCGUUCGUUUGCCUUUGCUACUUUGGGACGUAGGUCAGCGCUAGGAUUAAGACGGACAGCGAGUCAUGUGGGAAGCUCCUUUGCUCGUCUUGCGGUACCUUUCCGUGGUCAUCGUUCUGCGAAUUCUAACGCAACGGUUUCCUCAUUCCCAGAGAACUUAGACGCACCAUAUGUUUUGUGUGCGGAUGACCCAAUUGACGCUACUUGUCUCAGUUUCCCUUUUUCUCAAGCUGAACUCGUACCAACUGCUAGAUGCGGAUCGAAGACUAUGAUGCCUCUCUCCGAAGAAACGGAAAAGGCCUUCGAAUCUGAAAAUUCUGACAAGGAAAACUGA